AUGCGGGUAGACAUUGUAGAUGAGUUAGUGCAAAAGCAGCAAGAAGAGAACACGUCCAUCCAGUGCUUUGACCCGAAUCGAGAUGAAGAUUGCAUGUGCAGUUUUGAGGUUACAUGUGAGUGUCUUGUGGCAGUGCAGAAGACAAAUUCAAGAAGCCCUGUGCGAAUGCACACCCUUACUUGUGCAAACGCACAGAUGGUUUCUGCACUACCCCCUUUUAAAAUCACACCUGAACCGACACCAAAAACAGAUGGAAUGAAAAGAGCUAGUGAGGUUGACGUACAACUGAUGAAGAAGAAAACUAAGAAUUCUGAGAAUAUUAAGAAAUGGCCUUUCGAAAGAGUGUGGAGUGAGGAUGACGAAAUAAUUCUAUUGGAAGGUAUGAUCGAGUUUUUUGGCAAUAAAGGAGUUGAUCCUACUAAAAAUAUUGGUUCUUUUUUUUAUUAUAUUAUACAAUCACUUCACUUUGAUCCUACCAUCACACGAUUUAAAGAUAAAGUAAUGAGAAUGAAAAAGAAAUUUGAGCGUCAUAUUCGUAAAAAUGGUAAAGAGAUGGAGAUAAAAUAUGGGUUUUUUAAUAUUGGUCUCUCUAAAAUGGGAGAUUACGUGGCAGCGAAGAGUAUGGAGAUGGUGGACAGGCAUAAAAAGCUGAAAUGCAAGCUAAAUUGA